AUGAAAGGAAGUCGAGUACCGUUCACUCAUACAUCUCUGGCUCUAUUUGUUUUUGUUAUCGGUGUUGCUGGUGGACUGUUAAUUGUGUUUUCAAUUUUAUUACUUUGUAAAUAUUGUUUUAAUAGAAAAAAUACAAAACAAACUGAACAAGUGAAACUUUUAUAUGGUGCUUUGGGUUCAACAUCAUUUCGUAUAGAUAAUGGACAUCUAAAACUAGAACCAAGAAGAUCAAAUCCACUUGAUAAAUAUCAAGAAGAACGAAAUAAAUUAUUAGACGAACAACAUGAUCACCGAUAUCCAUCUUAUCAUGGAAGUCGUGAGCAAAUUAGCAAACAUGAUCUAAACGGUAGUACAUAUGCUAUUGAUGGAAAAAUAAACGAAAGCAUUUCUAAUACAUUAUUAUAUCCUGUCACAAAUGAAUUAAAAAAUGAUAAUCAUCAAAAUAUAUGUCUGAAUGAAAAUACUUAUUUACAAGUGGAUCCACGAUGUUACGUGAGAAAUAAUAGUACUACCAGUUCUCAUUUAACUGUAACACCAAAUUUUUUGCCAAGAAAAUCGGAUCCAUGUUGUGGUCACACAAUGACAACAGCUCGUCUAGAAAAAGUUUAUUCAUUAAAUACUGAUCAACGACAAUUAAGACCAACAUCACAUCGUCAAAGUAGUUUUGAUGUGGCUACAUAUCGUCAGCAAUUAACGCCUACCAAUGAUCUUUCAUCAUCAUUAUAUUCACAAGAAGUCUAUUAUACACCACGAGGAUCAAAUUUAUCUGUUGCACAAACAUCGGGUGUUCAUCCAAUGAAUUCAUCGGCAAGUCUUGAUCCAAAUUAUAUUUAUCAUCAAAUACCCAAUAGUAGAAAAAAUUCUUCUAUAACAUCAACUCCCACUGAAUCAACAAAUAUUGAAAAAAGUGAUUGGGCUGUUACAUAUGAUGUUAAUUCAAAUCAAACUACUAUGCGUCCGGUAACUUUAGAAAAACAAAAAUCAUCUGAAAUUAUUCCUCAGAAUGAAAGCGAUAAACAAUCAUUGAGUUUUGAUACUGUGCAUUUACUUCGUCCCGGAAAUCGUCCUGAUGUAACGAGACGUGCUAAAUCGUAUGAUCACGACGAUCAACGUCGUGCCACAUCAACACAAACACCAAUAGUCAUUAAAAUACCGGAUAUAGAAAAAUUAACAUAUGAAUUUGUUGAACAAAAUACAUCAAAUCGUGAAGAAAAGAAUCGUAAUAAACUGAUACUUGAUCAGCAGCCACCGCGUCGUAGCUUCAAUAUACCGCAUACGAAUGGAGGACGGAAAGCAACAUUAAUCGAUACACGAUUUGUUCCUUUGAAACUCACUGAUGGUUCACUACCAGUAGACGACACCAUUCAAGCUCAAGAUGCACGAGAUUUAUGGGCGUUGAGAAAAUCAUAUGAAAUAGAAGAAACUUUAGAUAAUACAACAAUGACUAUAGUAAAUAAACAAGAACAACAGCAGAAUCAGCGUGAACAAGAUAUUACGUCACCAGAAGAAUUAUCAACUGAUUUUCUCACAUCUAUUUCGACAUCAUUCGAUUCAAAUCCGGAACAUCCAUCUGCAAUAACUCAUCAUUACGAUCAUCACCAUCAACCACCUUAUCUACGAAGUCACACCAUGGACAGUAAUAGUAAUCGAUUAUUACCCACACCAGAUCAGUUACCAUCUUAUAUUAAUAAUGCAGCAACAAAUUCCGGUGAUAUCAUUAAUAAUGAAAUGUACAAACCAAGACGAAAGAGUUCAUCAAAUUUACUCUUGCCACCACCAGAAGUGAGACGACAAGCAUUGCGUCGAACAUUUGAAAAACGUCGAAGUUAUAUAAGUCAGUCGAAUGCGUUGUUGAGAAAUAAUGAACAACAAAAACAAUCAGUAACAGCAGAAAAUUUUACUACAAUGACAGAUUUAAUUGAACGUCAAUUACAAUCAAAAAAUUCAACAAACGUGUCUAAUUUCAAUAAUACGAAUAAUAAUUAUAAUUCAAAAAGUGAAAAUUCAAGUUUUGAACGAAGCCUUGAAACUGAUUUUGAUUUGCAAUCAGAUACAAGUAGUCGACCGGGUGAUCAGUUUACAUCAAUUGAGUCGAGUGGAAAUGAAUAUACAGAUACGAAUACUAGCGGAAUACAGCGUGCUCCUACGUAUAGUAUACAAAGGAAAGAACCACUUCCACCAUCACUACUAGAACAACAUCAACAUCAUGAUGAUAGUGGUUAUAAAUCAUUGGAAAGUCAAACAAGUCAAAAUCGAACGACGAGUUUAGAUUGGUUAUCAGUCGAUGGAGCAGAGAGUGUCAUUUAUCUCGAUAAUAAUCAUGAUGAACAACACAGAAGUAUUGAUAGCCAAAAUAUAGAAGAAGUAACAAAUGAAUCUCUUCCACAAGAAAAAAGCUAUCAUAUAAGACGAAGUCCUGUACCAAAUUCAAUGCUGAAAUAUGGUCAAUCAUCUUAUGAAUGCCAACAAAAAUUAACACCACCUGUUAUACAGUGCAGAAGUUUAUCGACUAAUAUACCGAUUGCUACUGAUCUCUAUAGAAUAUCCUCAUCAUCGAUGACAACACCAGCCACCGUUUUCAACAAUGUGCAGAUUGAGAAUUCAUCCAAUGUAGUAUCAUCACCAUUUAAUCGAACAGCAUCAAAAAAACGACGAGAAUUCGGUAAAGAUAAGAAAGAUGCACUCAUAGAUGAACAACGACAACAACUUCAAAUAAAUGAGCAACAUCAACGUACCUCAUCUUGGAAUUGUCAGCAGAGUGAUGAUAAUCUGAAUUCAUCGCCAAUAGUUCAAAAGUCAUCGUUACAGGUGAAAUAUGAAUAUUUAAGACGAACAAAAUCGGACGAUUCUAGAAAUAUAUAUACUGAAAAAGAACAUACUGGUGAUGAAAAUAAUAAUCAUCUUCAAAAACUUAAUAAUUCGAAUAAUCUUGUAACUUUGAGUGCCGAGCAUAUUCUGAAUACAUCAGAUUCUCAUCAUCGUUUACCAUUCAUCGUCUCAGAUGAAAGUAGCAUUGAUAAAAAUAAUCAUGAGAUUAUACCACAUCAUUAUAAAAAUACUACCUCUAAUAGUACAAAUCAAACUUCUAAUGAAAUAAAUCUUCCAACAACUCAAUCUCAAUCACUAUCACCAUUUCGUUCAAAACGUGGCUCAUUUUCAUUUGACGCGUCAUCACAACAACAAUUCAAACAACAACAUCUUCAUUCCACAUCAGUCGAUAUAUCGUCUACACCAACAUCACAAAUUGAUAAAAAACCUGCAGAACAUUUUAAUACUCAAAUUCCCAAUACGAACAUUAAAAAACACUCACCAAUUUCGGUUGGUUACUUAACAAAACCACGUUUCAAAUUUAGUAUAGUUCGUGAUUCAAAUAUGCCUGUUUAUAGUAUGCCGUUAUUUCGAGACUACAGUAUUGAUGAAAAAACAAAUCGUAUUGUUAAUGAAUUUUUAAAAUAUGAUCCAUUAUUAGACUCACGUAAACAUCAUCCAUCUCAAACAUAUCGUACUAAAACAGUUGAUGAAUCAAAUAAUAAUUAUUUGAGAGGUCAACAAGAUAAUAAUCGACGAAAUUUUAAACGACACCAUAGUAGCAUUGUGGGUCCUACAUCAUCAACAAUGAUGAUUAACAAUGAUCCACGAUAUAUUAAUUUAACGAAAAAAACAACAUCGUUGAAUUUGAGUGAUAGCAUUGAAGAAGAGCCACAACAACCACACUAUCAACGAUAUACUACGAAAACAAAUGUUACAGCUCCACCAAUCAAUAUUAUUAUUACGGGAGACGAUAGUGGAAGUUGA